AGCACCAAGAGGGGCCGGUUCUGAGUAAACGCUGGUCACGACGGCUAGAUCGGUGGCCGCCAUGUGGCACCUUCAUAUCCCCAGCCGCUGGGACGAGACGCUAGCUUGGGGUCCUCUAGUCACCCAGAUGGCCCGGCCACGAAUGGGCUGGAAUGGAAAUCUUAUUCAUCGCCUUUGCAACCGUUUCUAGCUCAGGCAGAGUCUCCAUCUAUCCUGCCAUUUUUUACGGUGUGCCAGAACAGCGUCCUUCAUUCCUUCAUUCCUGGCCAAACCUUCGAUCCAUUAGAACUCCACCUCAUGGGGCUGCACCGUCCUACUUAAAUUGCUCGGCAUUCAGGUCUGGGCCCAUCCAUGUGCUCAACCCAACUUACUCGACUUCAUCACUUUUCUUGGAUUGUAUGCUUCGGUUACACUUCCUCUUGAGAAAAUGGAACACUCGGCCGAGAUAAGCUCUCCAGCUUGGCAUCGCUUGUCUAGGACUCUAUUCUCUAUUGCUCAAAAUCAAAGAAGGUCU